GCCCUGGGCCAGGUGAUGCUGUACGUCGACGGCAUGAACGGUGUGAUGAAACAUUCGCCGACGAUCCAGUGGCUGUACUCGCUGAUUGCAUCGCGCUACCGGCUGGUGGUCAAGACUGCUCUCAAACUGCUGCUCGUGUUCGUCGAGUACUGCGAGGGUAACUGCUAUCUGCUCGUCAGCGCCAUCCGGUUCGUCGACACGGCCCGUGCGGUCGUACCGUGGAACAACAUAAUGCGGCUGCUGAAGGACUACGAGAACGCCGACACCGAGCUGUUGAUAUACGCGACAUCACUCAUCAACAAAACGCUGUCGGGACUGAGCGAUCAGGACAGCUUCUACGACGAGAGCGACUUUCUCGAGCAGCAGGGCAUGGAGGGCAUCAUCCAGCGCUACAUGUCCCGUCCCGGCACGGACCUCGAUCUGCUCGAUCAGCUGCAGCUGUACGAGAGUGUGCUUCGUUUCGAGGACGGUGAAGGAGACGGAAUGCGCAUUCCCGACAACACCGUCCGGAAGACCCUGCGAUAUCGGUCUACUACUGGCAAUGACACCACUGACAGGCGGAAGUCACGACGUCACAGCACCGGAACUGCUCCUUCCCAUGCCGUUCCUGUAGCGGCACCUCCACCACCUCCACCGCCGCCUCUACCGCCCAUGCCGAUGUACUCAGCUCCUCCCAGUCAGCGACCGCAGGAUGAGGAUAGCUCCAGCUCAGCGCACAGUGGCGAUCACCUGCCGGGAAGCGGGUAUCACGAUCCGUCCCGUGACACGACCGGUGUCACGCCCGGAUUGCGAAGGCGGCGUGAACGAGCCGAGCGACAGAAAAGUUUCAUGCGCGAACAGCAGGAGUUGGGUCAGUUCCAGAACGGGGCGACUGCUCAGGUGGAAGACACAAACCUCGCCAACGAAUCGGACAACGAGGACAAGAAGCUGAUACUGCAGCUCAAGAAGGACCACACGGUGAAGGACCUGACGCAGAAGCUAAGCUGCCUGCCGCUGAGCCCGCAAGAAGAGAAACCCCAAAGCCGCAUCGGUGACAUGUCGGGGCUGAUCUCAAAGGCCAAAGAGGGCCUGGCGAAAAGCAAGAGUAAUAAGGACAUCUCGCGCUCGCCAAGCGUAGACAACGAUAUCAAGAAGCUGGCCAACGGGGAACCGAAAAAGUCGGAAAACGAGCUGCACUGGGAAGAGAUCGUGAAAAACAUGACGCGAAAGCUAAGCCUCUGCGAUCUUGACUUCACCGAUCUUACGUCGGACGACGACAAAGACCUGAUGGCACCCCGGGGCUUUGGUGGGGCCGUUCCACCGCCUCCUCCACCGGGAGGUAUGAUGCUGAUCAACGGCAUGCCACCACCGCCGAACAUGCUGAGGCCACCGCCCACCAACCUGGUUCCACUGCCAGGCCACAUGAUCAAUGGAAAUGCGGGCAUCAAGAAAAACAAAAAGACUGUGAAGCUGUUCUGGAAGGAAGUGCGCGAAGACAUGAUCCCGGCCUUGGGGCAGCGCACCAUCUGGGACGAGCUGCCGGAGGCGAUCGUCGACACGCAGAAACUGGAGCACCUGUUCGAAUCACGAGCCAAAGAUUUGAUGACUAAGAAGCAACAGGAGCUGAACAAGAACAAGGAAAUCAUCGUCCUGGAUCACAAGCGCUCGAACGCGAUCAACAUCGCGAUGACGAAGCUACCACCGCCGCGAGCCAUCAAGGCGGCCAUCCUGAAGAUGGACUCGACCGUCGUGACGCGCGAAGGCAUCGACAAGCUGCUCAACAUGCUACCGACGGACGAGGAGCGUGGCAAAAUCCAGGAGGCACAGAUGCUCAACCCAGAGCUACCACUUGGCACGGCCGAGCAGUUCCUGUUGACGCUUUCCUCCAUUUCGGAGCUCGGAGCUCGGCUCAAGCUGUGGGCCUUCAAGCUGGACUUUGAGAACAUCGAGAAAGAGAUCGCAGAACCACUUAUGGACCUGAAGCAGGGCGUCGAACUGCUGAAGGCGAAUCUCACGUUCAAGUGCAUCCUGUCGACGCUGCUCAAGAUCGGUAUCUUCCUGAACGGAGCGCCCGUCAAGGGCUUCCAGAUCGACUACCUCGCCAAGGUGCCCGAGGUGAAGGACACCGUGCACAAGCACUCGCUGCUGCACCACCUCUGCCACAUGGUGAUGGAGUCGCAGGCCAACACGACAGAUCUGUACUCCGAGAUCGGUCCGAUCACGCGUGCCUCCAAGGCGGACUUCAACGAGUUGGCGCACAACAUCACCUACCUGGAGACGGAGUGCAAAGCGUCCUGGGAUCGAUUGAAGCUGAUCGGCAAACACGACACGGCACCGCACCUGAAGCAGAAGUUGAUCGACUUCCUGGCCGAUUGCGCCGAGCGCAUCAUCAUCCUCGACAUCGUGCAUCGGCGCGUGCUGAACAGGUAUCGGAAGUUCCUGCUGUGGUUGGGUGUGCCGCAGUUGCGCAUCGCAGAGUCCCGUCCAAACGAGUUCUGCCGAAUUGUGUCGGAGUUUGCGCUUGAGUAUAGGACGACACGCGAACGUGUCCAGCAGCAGAUCGAGAAGAAAGCCAACCAUCGAGAGAGAAACAAGACUAGAGGCAAGCUGAUCGUGGAUGUUGCCAAACUCAAGACGCAGGAGGAUCGCGCUGAUGACGAGCUACGGUAUGUGGUAGAGAAAGGUGAUGAGCUCGAGAUGAGUGGUACACUGACCUGGCGAAGACGUCGAGGCGAUGCAACGGCUUCCCCAGUGACGCGCGCUCGGGAUGAAAGCUUCACCGAUGGGGACGAUGAGAUUCUGGAGUCGCUGGUAAAAACGGCCACCAAAACGGCCACCCCACGGCCGAUGCAACGCGAACGGAAGCGCACCCGCCAGGCAGAUCGGAAGUCAUUGCGACGGACGCUGAAGAACGGAUUGUCGGAGGAGGAAAAGCAACAUGUGGCCUCGUUAAUAAAAGGAUAUUGAAUUUGGGCCGCAUCAUCGCUGGCUGAUUGUGGGACGCGCACUAGAAAGAGAGAGAGAGAGAGAGAGAGAGAGAGAGAGAGAGAGAGUGGGAAAUUCGAAGGACAUCCGCGUGACGGAGACGUCGAGGAGGUCACAGACAAGCUGGCAACGGAGCGAUUACGCCGAAUGCUUCGCUGAAGCGAAAUGGAAGCGUUAGAAGCCGGAAAAUUAUGAUGAUGAUGAUGGCGCAAGAUCGAUUUGCCACACGGCGAGCCGCAGGAUGGUGCCCGGAAGGCCUGCGCCCGGUGGGAUCGAUUCACGAGAGGCAGAUAAUUUUAUGUCACUACCAAAACCGGAAACCGAAGUAGAUGUAGCUAGAUCAGAUAGGUUUAACCGAAGAGCAGGGAAGCGAGCAAACACAGGCAGGGCCAGAUCGCUGGCAAGCACGGUGAGUGAUCGUGUUUGGCAAAUCUACGCGUCGCGAAUGUGAUACGAGGAGGAUGCAAUUUGCGAAGCAUACAGUUUGUAGAGAGCAAACGACGCGCACCGACUGGCGAUCAAAGAAGCGGUGCCGGAACGCGGUCCAGCACGGUUUGCAGAGUGAGCACUAGUCGAGCCGAGGUCGAAACCAGAACCAGUCCAGUCCUUACAGUGUAUAGAACUUUUUAACUUUCCUAGCGGUGGUGGUUGCGUCGGUGAAUGCACGCACGCCACAUUGGGCAGAGCUCGAAAACCCCAAGAACAGGCGGAACCGAAUGCGUAUUCGUAGGAGUAUUUCUCUAAAACAAGCAUCAAAUCUCAAUGUGCAUCGAAUAACAACGUAUUUAAGGGGCAGCUAUUGCCGCAAACAUUAUUUCAAUAAAUUA